GGCUCGAGUAAUGAGUAUAUGCCAUGGAAAGCGAUUCCAACGACCGCCACGAGGGCAUUGUGAAGUUCUUUCGUGGCAGCUUUGGCUGGGUAAGAUGCAGCGAUGUCGCUCAGAAGAUUGGUGACCGAGACAUUUUUCUUCACAAGAACCAGCUGAAUUCGGUUCCCACAGCUGGUGAUGUUGUCGAGUUCAAAUUGGUUGUGGAUGCCAAAGGGCAACCGAAGGCUGAAGAUGCCGUCGUGGUAAAAGGCGACACGCGACACGUGGCAAAGAGACAAAGUGCCGCAGGCAACGAGAAAGAUAAAAGCAAUGAUAUGAAGGUGAAGCGUGCCGCGCUGAUGUUGUUCAGAGAUGAUGAGCUCCUAGUGCUUCGCGAGAAGAAAGAUUCUCAAGAGGAGUGCUUGUGGAGCGACCUUGGUGGAAAAGUUGAAGCUGGAGAAAGCAUGCUGGAAUGCGCUAUCCGAGAGCUGGACGAGGAGGCACAAGGCUUCCUGUCACCAGAAUCGAUAGCCUUGCUUAAACGGGGUCUUCGAAAUCAAUAUGGAGAUGGCAGGCAAUCCCCAGAGUUGGUUGCAUUGAAAGCAUCGGGAAAUAAGCCUCAAGCAGUGGCGAUUUUCCCCUUGGACUGCAGUGGAGUCAGCCUCGAAUUGCUGCCAGCAGCGGGGCCAAAUUCCUUUGGCGUGCACGAGAUGUGCUGGCUGAAGCGGGAGAACCCUGAUUUGAAGGAUCGAAGCAAAACACGAUGGCCUUUGCUCCGUGCCGUUUGCGCGCUGCGAAAUGCAUCUGCCAACAGUCGAGAGAGAUCUCGAUCGCCCCGGCGUGAGUAGCGAAAGCACUGUCGUGGUGCUGGGGAGGAAAGGAUACCGGACAUGCCUUCCUACACAUGUUGCCAGUCGUUGAGUGUCGUAGUUGGUGCCAGAUAAGUGAGAGGAGAGACUUACAUGUGUGCAAGCCGCAGCCUCCUGACAUAGCGAUAGAUCCCACAGGCAUGAUCUGCACAUGAC